UCAUUCCGAAACCUGUGUGAUUUCCUUUCUUCUGUGGAACGUGAAAGAAGUCAUUUUGAAUUUUAGCAACUGCAUCAGAUCAUCCAGAACUGUCCAUUUCCAUCUAGAACUGUCCUUGCCUCAUCUAGUUAAAGAAAUUUAAUGUCUUUUUAAGUAUUUAAGUAUUUAAGUGCCUUGUAGCUAAAUGCAUCAUGAAAAAUGGUGAAGCCACCCUAAUUCAUGUUUAUGAUUGUGUUUUCACAGAUUAACAAAUGAAAGCAUGUAUUAAGAAUAAUAUGAUGCUUUCUCAUAAGCAUCACUAUUGUACUUGCAUUAUCUCACAACACAAACACCUCCGUGAUGAAGAUGUUUUCUACGUGACCUUACAGACUGAGGAGGUGACCCUGCCCAAAGCUUUGCAUGCUGAUUUCCAUGUGUUCCAUUCAUGCCAGUAAAUGUGUUUAGACCCUCCAGAGCCAUAAAGAGUCAGAGAGUGAAGGAGACUCCAUGCAGAGGACACUGCUGACAGAGAUGGCCAUAAAAUUUUGUUGCUUUUCUCAGGAACCUGUUGAUGAUGUGGACUCCUGGGGCGAGUCCAUCGAGAAGCUUCUGUCCUGUAAAGCGGGACAGAUGGCUUUCCAGGACUUCUUGAAGUCGGAAUACAGUGAGGAAAAUAUUCUGUUCUGGCUGGCAUGUGAGGAAUACAAAAAGAUCACGAGUGCACCAGAGAUGAUCAGCAUGGCAAACCAAAUCUACACUGAGUUUGUGCAAACGGAAGCACCCAGACAGGUCAACAUUGAUUCUGGGACUCGCACAAAUAUUACAAACAACAUCUCAGAGCCGACCCUGAACUCAUUUGAUACUGCACAGAAGAUGAUCUUCAGUCUAAUGGCGAGAGACUGCUAUCCCAGGUUUCUGAAGUCUGACAUCUACCAGUCCGUUCUGCAAAAGCAUGGAAAAAGCUGACUUCAUAAUGACUAAUGGUACAUCGAGUUUAACUAUUGCCAGAAACUUUUUUUUUAAUGGUUUUACAUUUGGUAAGCAAGACCUUUUUAGAUUUGGACUGCUCUGAAAUAGCUCUAUUUCCAUCAUUAUGUUGCCAUAUAAGUUUUUUUUGAAGGAAAAACAUGUUUACAGUGUCACAUUAGGAUCUAUUCUGAUUUUCAUGCACUGUUGCCUUUUUAUUUUUCCUCUUCACAGAAAAUCAAACCAUUUAGCUAUGUCUUAUAUUAAACAAUAACAGAAAAAAAAAUCAUGCAUCACAAAAAUGUUACAAUUCAUCCCAUGUGGGAUUAAAAACGACCUGUUAUGGGCUUGAACUAAUUCAGUAAUUUCCUGAUUAUCAGCAUACUGUUGAGAAAUCAAGAAUAAUAACAAAAAUAAGAAUUUGAAUGCUGCUUUUUUUUAACAACUUGUAUAGCCAAUUAAUCUACAAUUCAUUUACAUAAUAGCGCAACCUACUGGUCAGACUUUUUUUUUCAAACAAUUUAUUAUUAUUAUUAUUGAUGAUGAUGAUGAUAAUGAUAAUGAUGAUGUAAAUCUUUUUUAUUAUUAAAAGAUUUUUUUUGUUUAGGUUUUCUUAUGAUUGAUGUUAUGACCGUCAGGAGGAAAUUUGUAAUAUGAAUUUAAAGAACCAUUUAAAUAUGACCACUUUAUACAGGAACAUCCUAGACUUCUUAUAUAAAAAGGUGAAAUAUAUAUACAGUAUAAUUUAAAUAAAUAAACAUAAAACAUGAAAAAUUG